AUGCUAACACAUAUCCGCCAGACUUCCAUAGGCACCGGCUACGAUCUCUCCAACUCCGUCUUCUCACCCGACGGCCGCAACUUCCAAGUCGAAUACGCGGUGAAGGCGGUGGAAAACGGAGGCACAGCGAUCGGCAUCCGAUGCAAAGACGGCGUCGUGCUGGCGCUGGAGAAGCUCGUCACCAGCAAACUGCUCAAAAAGGAUGCAAACAAGAGGAUAGCGACGGUGGAUCGUAAUGUGGGCGUGGUCUAUUCUGGCCUCCUCCCCGACGGCCGACACUUCGUGAGCAGAGCACGCGACGAAGCCUCCAGCUGGCGCAGCAGCUACAAAGCACCCAUCCCCGGCUCCUCGCUCGCCAACCGCAUGGGAGCCUACGUACAAGCCUACACCCUCUACAACUCCGUGCGGCCGUUUGGCAUCACGGGCAUCAUCGGCGGCUGGGAUGCCGAGACAGAGCUCGCAGUCGACGGCUCGGUGGGCAGUGGGCCGAAAGUCGGAGCGGGAGGCAAGAAGCAGGGAGUCAAAGAGGGCGGACCCUUCCUCUACAUGAUCGAGCCAUCCGGGCUGUAUUGGGGCUACUACGGAGCCGCAACGGGCAAGGGGAGACAGACGGCCAAGGCGGAGUUGGAGAAGCUGAAGCUCGACCCCAAGAAUGGCGAGUGUAUAAGUUUGGAGGAGGGGGUCAAAGAGGCGGCACGCAUCAUCUAUCUCGCCCACGAAGACAGCAAGGACAAGGAGUUUGAGCUGGAGAUGACGUGGGUGAGUGCGGUGGGUGGGCCAACGAAGGGGAGACACGAGGAGGUGCCCAAGGCACUGCGUGAAGAGGCCGAGCGAUUGGCGAAGAAGGCAUUGGAGGGUGAAGACGAGGAGGAAGAGAAGAUGGAGGAGUGA